AUGACGAUUACACAAUAUUAUUAUUACACCAUUGCUUGCUUUCUGAUAUGUAGAAUUAUACAGAAAGUGGAGAAUAAGUAUGGAACAAGCAACAGCGAGUGGGAUGACUUAACUAAGAGAAAAUAUAAAACAAUGGAUCGGAAAUUUAAAGAAGUACAAAUUGGUGGAGUGUAUUACAACAGUAGGAUUUUACUUAGUGCUUCUUCUAAUGUGACAUUUAAAGGGAAAUUAUUUGCCAAAGGUGAUGACUCUUCUUCUUAUACUUGCUCGCAUGAAGAAGGAAAUACAUCUGGGGUGCAGAAUAAAGAUAAUGAUAACUUCAUAGAGGAUUCAGAAGGAAUAUUAUCUAAAUUGAAAAAGAAUAAAUUAAUUAUACGUUUUAAAAAAGAGGAAAAUAUGUUAACUUCCACUUUUAGACAUAAUUUUGUGAAUGUACUUGUCCAUUGCGGGCGUGUGAAGAAAUUAAGUUAUAUAAAUUUUUAUCUAUUUGAUAUUUUUCCAAAUGUAGAUGACACUCUUCUAAAAAUUUGUCUUCUGUCAUUAUUUAAUAGUAAGAAUGUGUUGGUCGAGUUGGAUUUUCAAAUUCUUCCGAUUGAGAAGAAAUCCAUUAAAAUGAAAUUUAAGGAAGAUCAUCAUAUCGAUAUCAGUAAUCAAAACAAAAGUAGGAAAUCCAACUGUUGCAAUAGAAACAUGUUUCACCUGCACAGCAAGGUGGCUUUUAGAAAAUUUCUACACAGACUUCAAAAUAAUUCCAAGGGAACGAAUAUUUUCAACGGAUAUGACAAAACAAAGAUGAAGGAAGGAACCGAAAUUUCAGCAGAAUACGAGGUGCAUGAUGUAAAUGUUUGUAUUGUUGAUACUGGAAUUGAUUACAAUCACAGAGAUUUGAAGGAAAAUAUUAUUCAUAUAAGAAAUAAAAGGAGGGAGGGGGAGGUGGAGGAGGAUUCUGAUAGAAAUCAAAAUGGAAAUACAGAUAUGGAAUGGAAAGUAAAAGAACGUAAGGGAAAGUACGAAGAUGUGGAAGGAUUUAUGGAUAAUCAUGGGCAUGGAACAUUCAUAGCUGGAAUCAUUGCGGGUAAUUCAGGAAAAAACAAUCAAGGGAUUAGAGGUAUAAGUAAGAAGGCAAAAUUGAUAAUCUGUAAAGCUUUGAACAGUAAAAAUGCUGGAUAUAUAAGUGAUAUAUUAAAAUGUUUUAAUUUUUGUGCAGAAAAGAAAGCAAAGAUAAUUAACGCUAGUUUUGCAAGUUCAAAGAAUUAUCCUUCUUUGUUUGCAGCGUUAAAAGAAUUAGAAGAAAAAAAAAUUUUAGUAGUUUCAUCAUCUGGGAACUGUUGCCCGAAUAUGGAUUUUUCUAACAAUACAUUUAAUGAAUGUGACUUAGAUGUAACGAAAGUGUACCCAACUGCUUAUUCGCUACAUCUAACUAAUCUCAUUACAGUUUCGAAUAUGAUUCAAGAAUCAAAUGGGAAUAUAAUUUUAUCCCCAGAUUCAUGUUACAGUAAAAAUUAUGUUCACUUAGCUGCACCUGGGAAUGAUAUCAUUUCUACCUUUCCUCAAAAUAAAUAUGCAAUAAGUAGCGGUUCCUCAUUUUCUGCUGCUGUCAUUACUGGCCUCGCUUCUCUAGUACUUUCCAUAAAUGACAAGUUGACAUAUGAAGACGUCAUUCAUCUCUUCCAACAAUCCAUUGUCCAAACCAAAUCCCUUCAGGGUAGGGUGAAAUGGGGAGGAUUCCUCAAUGUGCAUCAGCUGAUCAAGUCUACCAUUGAGAAUUAA